UUUCUCCGCUGAUGUUCGUUGUGUUUUUCCUUCUAGACCCAGCAUGAGCGAAGUCCCCUGCAAGAAACGUGAGGACUAUCUGGAAUGGCCCGAGUAUUUCAUGGCCGUGGCCUUCCUGUCGGCACAGAGGAGCAAAGAUCCCAAUUCCCAGGUGGGAGCCUGUAUCGUCAACGCAGAAAACAAGAUCGUGGGCAUCGGGUACAACGGGAUGCCCAACGGGUGCAGCGAUGACCUGCUGCCUUGGAGGAGGACAGCGGAGCGGAAGCUGGACACCAAGUACCCUUACG